AGAGUCGGAAGUGCCUUGUGUGGUCUGGGUGUAUCCCGUUUUCUGGCCUGAGGGAAGUUUAUCGGGUUUGAUGAAAUAACAGGUGAGCAGGGCCCUGCUCAAACCCCGCUUACACUCGUGAGCUUUUCCAUCUAUACCAAGACUUGUCUUCUAAACCAGGAACAACACUCGUCCAUAUCUCCUAGGAGUAUAGAAAAAAAGAAUUCCAGGGGCCACGUAACUAAAUGCUGGAAGAAAUGUCGGGAGAUAGCGUGGUGAGCUCCGUGGUGCCUCCAGCUACAGCCCGCACCACUUCCUUCAAAUGUGCUAGCACGAGUUCUAAAUAUGUUAAGUUGAACGUUGGUGGUGCUUUGUAUUACACCACCAUGCAGACGCUCACCAAACAGGACACCAUGUUGAAGGCCAUGUUCAGUGGGAGAAUGGAGGUGCUCACAGAUAGCGAGGGUUGGAUACUGAUCGAUCGUUGUGGGAAGCACUUUGGGACCAUUUUGAAUUAUUUGCGGGAUGGUGCAGUCCCUCUUCCAGAAACGCGCAGAGAAAUAGAGGAACUCUUGGCAGAAGCGAAAUAUUAUCUGGUGCAAGGCCUGGCAGAUGAAUGCCAGGCGUCCCUGCAGAAUAAAGAUAUUUACGAGCCUUUUUGCAAAGUUCCUGUCAUCACUUCAUCAAAAGAAGAGCAGAAACUCAUUGCUACAUCGAAUAAGCCUGCAGUCAAACUGCUCUACAACAGAAGCAAUAACAAGUAUUCCUACACCAGCAACUCAGAUGACAACAUGCUUAAAAACAUAGAACUGUUUGACAAGUUGUCCUUGCGGUUUAAUGGUAGGGUCCUGUUUAUUAAAGAUGUGAUUGGGGAUGAGAUCUGUUGUUGGUCAUUCUACGGACAAGGCCGCAAAAUUGCUGAAGUUUGCUGCACAUCCAUUGUGUAUGCUACAGAGAAGAAACAGACCAAGGUUGAGUUCCCUGAGGCACGCAUUUAUGAAGAGACCCUUAAUAUUUUACUGUACGAGGCCCAGGAUGGACGAGGACCUGAUAACGCCCUCCUGGAGGCCACAGGUGGAGCAGCAGGGCGUUCACAUCACCUUGAUGAUGAUGAAGAGCGCGAUCGUAUUGAACGAGUCAGAAGAAUCCACAUCAAAAGGCCAGAUGACCGAGCUCACCUCCAUCAAUAGGACUAACUGGUUCAUUGUCAUUUCUCCGUCCAGACCAGAGAUCUACCUCCCCUCGUUUAACCCCACGUGUGUGCGAGAAGGCGAGGAAUAACUGCUGACGUGGUUGUCUGUUAUACAUUUUAGGGGUUCAAUUCCACAAAUGGCCGCUUCAACUUAGUGAUUUCUGAAUCACUUUUAAGGGACGCCGACGUAUGUUAAUGUAUUUUUAUUGUUUUUCUUAUGGAUUUUCCUAGCCCUAAAUUUCCACAUGAUGUUUGUAUGUUCAUAUGUGUGCUGAUGGAUUUGGGAACAUUUACAAAUCAGUGUCUAGACUCAGAAGCUCUGUUGCCUUAACAAUGCAUUGGUUCAUGUUCCAGGAUAUUUUAUUUUUGUACAUAGCGCUUAAACAGUACUACUGGCCAUUUGGUGUGUAUGAAAAUUUCCAGUAAGCUCCUCAAGUUCAGAUGAAGAUAAAAUGACCAGCAACCCAAGCUGCCUUACAUACAAAUGUUAUGUGAAUGAUAUUUCUAAACUUUGGAGACCAAGGCCCUUCAUUACAUAGCAUUAUUUCAAGUACAUGCUAUGGCCGUAACGGUUACUGCUGCUUAGUGUUUCUGCAGACUUACACCUGGGAAUAAGACUUAUCUCAACGCACCUUUAAAUAUUUCAGUACAUUUUUAUGGUAGGGCUAAUAUAUAUUUUAAUAUAUGUAUUUUUGUGUUUAUAAGCAUUUUCACAUCUAUUUGUGUACACAAACAUUAUUUAUACUGUAUUUUUUUCCCUUCCCUCUUAAAUAAAAUACAGAUGUAAAAA